AUGGUUGCGGGACCCAAUGUCUCUGUCUUCGUCACAAGCAUAAUUUUCACAACUCUUUCUUUUGUUCUUGUUGGGCUGCGGUUAUACACGCGCAUCGUGGUGGUGCAGAAUGUUGGCAUCGAUGACUGGUUAAUGCCUGCCGCACUGUGUCUCUGGGCGACGAUUCCGACCUACAAUUUAGCGUUGUUGCUUUGCAAGCUGUCGAUUGUCUUUUCAUACUUGCGCGUAUUCAAGAUUCCGACGACACAAAAGAUUUGCAAGACUAUGCUGGCUGUGCUUGCGGUAUACGGUGCCUGGACUGUCUUCGGCUCGAUUUUCAUGUGCGUUCCCGUGCAAGCCUUCUGGGGCGACGGCACGGGCAAGUGCAUGAAUCGCUUGGCCUUCUGGUUUUCCAAUGCAGCUUUAAACAUUCUCUCGGACAUUAUAAUUUGUUGUAUUCCCAUACCACUCAUCAAAUCUCUUCAAAUAUCGAAGAAGCAGAAGAUUGCGCUCAUCAUGGUGUUCGCUGUAGGAGGGUUGUAA